AUAUUCCAGCAUCAUGGAAUGGAGCAGAGUCAGAAGAUUUCUGGUCAUGAUGAUUCAGGGGAAAGUGGAAGGAACAGAGGAGCUGUAUGACAAAAUUCCAUUCUUCUUGCGGACAAGACUGCAUGACUUCAUCGACAAUGUUCAAUGGGCACACAUCAGCCAGGAAUGCCAGAAAAACAAUCCCACAGAAAUCAACAAUGCUCAGUUGUACUACGUGAAAAUUUUGGCUUUGAUGGAACAGUUCAUUGAGAAUGAAAGGAACAGCCCAAGCCAGUCGGACAGUGGAGUAAUGAUGACAUUUGCUAGGUAUUCAGUGAAGAAUACCUUCCAAGAUGACGGAGUGCUGUUUGCCACUGAGAUGUCUACUUGUCUUCAAAAGGAAAAAGAGCUGCUCUAUUUGCAUUCUGCAAAUUAUGAGCAGGAAGCAAACAACAUUCCAUUUGCCCCGGACAACUACAUGCUACCAGAGAUUUCUGACACGUUCUCAGUGAUAAAAGGGUUGCAAAGGGAUGUGGAGCAGGCAAAGAUUUGUAUCCAGAGUAUAUCUGAGGAGUUUGGGGAGGAGAGUUCUGACUUGCCUUCUAUGUUGCCGGACCAACUGCUCAAUGCAAAGAAUGUAUUGGAAGGGGCAGCAAUUGACGCUACGUGGGACGAGCAGAUGGAGGUAGUGGCUGCUAAGGCCAGUCUGCAAUGGACAGAGGCCACCAUAAACAGUCACAUCGAAAGUAUGAUUGCCAACGACGCCGAGUCCCAUGAGAUGAGACAAAGAGUGAUGAGAAUCCUGCAGAGAACGGUGGAGCAGCUGGAUCAGUUGCUGUCUGGCCUGGAGAAGGAGGUGUCAGAGUGGCGGGAGGCCGAGGCGAGAGCGAGUGUCAAGACGGGCCCAGAUAUCUCUCCGGUAGUCGUCAACCAAAAUUUCAAAGAAUUUGCCCAUCUGCUGGAAGCCCUGGACCGGGUGUUUCACAAAAUGCAUGAGUCUCCGGGGAUGAGUGCAGGGAGCAGUUCCUUCCCCGGUCAACUGGCGGCCCUUCACAGGUCCUUCAAGCUAGCUGAGAACAGGUUCUUCUCAAGCGCUCUUGUUGUGAGCAUACAGCUGAAAGACGUGAUUGACAUUGCGAACAAGGGGUCAAAAGAUUCUGAUGCGGACAAAGAGUCAAAGAAAGAGAUGAAGUUCUGUUCCAACAAGAACCAAAACCUCCACACUGAAGUCAGAAUUUUGGGUGGGGAAUCAUUUUCAGGACUCAAUAUCACUGACAGCAACAUUGAGCUUGUUGCUGAGAGAGAUUUGGUUCGAAUGGAGUCGGAUGUCAAGCAAGAGGGCGGGAAAAAGUUCCUGAAGCUCCCUCCCGGUAAAGUGUUAGCGUCAGGGUUGAUGGUGUCCAUCGAGUGGAAAGAUAUCGAAGUCCAGAACUUUUCCCGAGUGGAGCAGAACACAGUGUACAAACAGUUUUUCAGGAUGCGUUAUUCCGUCACUGUGGAGGUGCAUGGGACUGAGUAUAGACUGGAGACUCUGUCGCUGCCUUUCAUGUUCAAGACCGGGUCGAAUCAGCUUCUGGAGUUUAUUGGUGCAAGGAUGUGGUACUGCUCCAAUGCUGACUUGUACAAAGGAUCCUUUGAGUGUCCGAACAGCCUCCCAGUUGAGGAUGUGAUCAAUAUGCUCAACAACCGCAUCACAUUUGCCACCAGCAAAAAGCGACAGCUGACCUCCGAGGACAAAGCUUUUCUCCGCAAUCGAUUGACAGUGAAUGAGGAAGGACAAGUGAGCAUGCAAGGAUUUAUCAAGCCAAACCAGGAAGGAGCAAAGAGUUCCAAAAAAUCUGGGGCAGAGACGAACCCUUCAUUCUAUUCAUGGUUCCAUGGUGUUGUCGGCAGUAUAGAGAGAUAUCUACUCAAACCGUGGGAAGAUGGCAUCAUCUACGGCUUCUGUAGCCCGGCCGAUGUGGAGAGGAAGUUGAUGAGUGACCACGUGCCGGAGGGCACCAUCCUGUUCAGACCCAGCGCCAACAAACUUGAGUCUGCGGCAUCCAAGAAGGCCACCACAGCUCUCAUUAUGGCUGUCAAGACCAGGAAUGAGUCGUCAUAUGCAGUCAUGUCAGUUCCGUUAUACGGCGAUUUCAUUGAAAAGAACGGCUUCUACAAAUCCGUGAGAAACAUCAAGGAUGAAAAAAACCAGCGCAUCGCAAAGUUUCUUUAUGGAUGUGGUGAAAGAAAUAGAAGCAUUGUUGAAGCUCUGGAGAAGUACGGCAAAGAGGAGAGAGAGUCCAAGUAUUACUAUGACUACAAGCUCAUGGUGAAGAAGGUGGAGACGUUGAGUGUGAGGUUCUGCAACUCAAAGGUCGAAGCCUCUUCAGAUGGCACUUCUGACACUGAUGAACAGGGCCGGCCUGGUGCUAAGAAACGCAGGUACCCUUCGAUCAACUCCUCCAAGCCUUUUAGUCCCAGCUCGACUUCUUCACAGAGUGGCACGUUCCCAACUGCAUCUCCUGACAGUUCAGGCCCAACUUUUUCCGGUACAUUCCAGAGCACGAGCCAUGAGGGUUCUUCUACUGGUUCUCCUGUCCUAAAGAGUGAACCCAGCACCCCUGUGUCUGCGUGCCCCGAGAACACGCCGAGAGCCGAGUGUGGUGUGGUAGAUGGAAGUGAUGCCACUUCACUUGCAUCUCCUGAUCCUGAGAGAGUUCCUGUGAGUUCCAAGUCCUUGCCUGUCUCCCAGAACUUGCAGGUGUUUGGGAAUGUUCAGGUAGACUUGUCCAACAUACCACCGGCUUAUACGGAGGAGGUUCAGGUGGUUACGACACAGCAGUUUCCCGUUCAGACCAGAGGAAAGACAUUAUCAACUGCUCAGGGAAUGGAGGGGAGAACACAGAUCCCACAGAAUUUGAACCAAACGCAGUUCUCACCUCCUCCCAUGUCUGUCCCCCCCAGCGUUUACCCAGCCGGUAUAAAUGCUUUUGAUUUGAAUACUGUUGGUAUGUCCAUUGGAAAUUUCUCUGUCCAAUUUAUCGAUCAGAAUGGCGUCAUGAUUAGCGAGAUGACAACCAUGCCUGAUCAGGGGGAGAUGGCUACAACAGUUUUCAUGUCUCAAGGAAAUACAGCUGUCCAACGCGGUGCCUCUGGUAGCGUGUUAGGAAAUGUCCCCACUGUGCUGGCGGAAGCAAAAGAGCAGACACCACACAGGAGGAGAAGCCGAAAACAGCUACCGACAUGUCAGGCGACCAGCAGAAACCUCACCCAAGUGCCCUAUCUCAACAUUCAGUCGCAGAAUGCCACAGACAACAGUGCCAACAACCUCUACAGCACAAGCUCUCCCUUGCAGAUUGGAGAUCCUAACAUGAUGACCACUCUGGACGCGAACACAAUUCUUCAGCUAUUGUCCGCCCAAAAUAACUCGAAUACCGGUAACCUUGAGAUAAUAUCAGAGCUGAAUGACCCUGCCACAGUGAACGAACUUCUGAACGAACAGUUGGCCACAGAGCUGCAAAUGAGUGACAUAGUGGAGUACCUCAAAGAAACUGAGACAGAGGAAGACAGCAGGAGUCCAGACUCUGGAAUUUUUUGAUCAGAUACCUCUGAGGGAGGAGUGUGGGAAUCCAUCCGUGGGUUGUUUUCUAGAUGAAAAACUGGCUGAAUGCAGCUGGCAGUUUUUUUAAGAUAACACUGAUUUAUAAUUUUUUUUUAAAUUGAUGAUGGAUCAUAUUCAUUCUGUAAUGGAUUGCUGUAGAUUCUUUUAAGAUAGAGGUUAAUUUGACUCUGUCAUCCAUGGGUUCUAUACUUAAUGGGAGGCUGAUUGAAUCCAUCUACUGCUUUUUGUAAGACGAUGGAUCAUAUCAAUCUUUUACGGAAUUUCUUUAAGGUGAAGGAUUGUUUGAUUAAUUUGAUCCAUGGAGUUGUCAAGAUUAGGGACACAAGGAAUCUAGCUGGCUCUUUUCAAAGUUCUAUGUUAAGCAAAGAUAUUUUGGACAAAUCUUAUGUUAAACAGUAUUCAUAUAUACCCAGUAUUUGUGAAUGAAAAUGUGGCAAAUCAGCUUAAUCUAGCAAACUUUUGUGAUGGAAAUGAUUGUACGAUUUGUAUUGCAACAAUGGCCAUGCUGACAAAGAUACCAGGCUGAGAACAGGUAAUAAAAGCAAAACCAAACACCUGGCUUCAACUGAGUCUUAGUGUGUAUUUGUUACAUGUGUAGCAGUGCAGUAGAUUACUCACUUUCAUUUUGCUUCCCUCUUACUUUGUACAAAUCUUGUAUUUAUCAACUUGUAUACAAAAAACGUAUGUGGUACUUGUAGGUUCUUGAAGUGCAUCUUUUCUACAUAUGUUGUAGCCUUUUAAAUUCUUCUUUCUACAACACUCUCCUCUGUGUGUCAAGUACAAUUUCUAUUUUUGCUUUAGUUCUUUAGUUUUAAGAUCUUGGACCAUUUCUUAGGGCAAAGCAUGUAAUUCUUCCUUUCUGAGAUGAUUCUCAAUAGACUCUCCUGUAGGCUGUAUGUUCUUAAUGAUAAAAGUCUAUAUGAGUCGAACUGUGAUAUGCUUUUUCACAAUAGACUACUGUACGAGUUUGACUAAAGGUCCUGAACAAUAGACAAAUCUGGCUUUGGAUUCUUUUUGUUUUUGAUAAUAAAAGACAAUAUCAGUGCCACUAUAUGUUUUAUGAAAUUGAAGAUUAGAAGACUGUUUUAAUUUGACUGUGGGUUUUUUUAAAUACAAAAGUUGGCUGUUUUAUUUAGACUGAAUGCUUUUAUAUAGUACAUAAAUGUAUUAGUUUGACUUUAUCUUGUUUUAUAAUACAUGUAGAACACUGUAUGAGUCUGACUGUGGGUUCUUUUUGAAUUGCAGAUUUUGAAUUAAUGAGUUCUUUAGUGCUUAUCCACUAUUCAGAAUUCAUUUGACUUAUGAUGUGAUAAUGGUAAAUUUGUAACAUCCCACCUUGAGAAAAAUGUUGAUAAGACAUAGCGGAACAUAUCCUGUGAACAAACAGAAUAUGGACAAAACUGAAAUGGUCUGGUUAAGCCAGAGGAUAUAACCUACUGUAAGUUAAUGUCUUGCUGUGUUGUAUAAUUGUAGACAGUUCGCUACUAUAAAAUUACAAAGUUCGAUCUGCUCAGUACCUAGUUUUUGAGAAAUUUGAAGUUAAAAAUUUGGAAUUUUACUAGGUCAAACUUUUAAAAUAAAACUGUUUGAAUAUCUUGACAAUGAUUCAAAGUAAUCUAAUGAUUUUGAUAAAGCAGAUAGAACAUUUGGUUUCUGACCUCAUGGUUGCGAGUUGUCACUCUUGAUGACUUACACACUAUUGCCAACCCCCAACCCCACCCCACCCCCCCCACCACCACCACCACCACCGAAAGUGGUGUCUUCUGUGGUGUACAGGUGAGGCUCUUCGCCUCUGCACACGAAAGAUUUGAUUCCUGUUUGAAAAAGUUUUGUAGCGAGCAUUAUUUCCUGUCUGUUGAGAUGCUGUAUCCCACUCAGCCAGUUUUUAGCCAUGAUGGGCAAGGGUAGUUGAAGCCCGCCUCCAAAAAGAUCUAAAUUGUGCUGAUUUAGGUGAGAAAAGCUAACGUCUAUUAUUGCUAUUGCUUAUUCUUUGCGGAUGUAUGCUUCUAUUUUCAUCAGUGCUUUCACUUUGCUUUGCUUUAUCGCUAGUCAAUAAUAAUUCUUUGAUGGGCAAAGAAACAAGCUUCUUUCCAAAGCCAUGUUGGCUGUUACUUGCUGCUUUGUUGCUCUUUCUUCAUAUAAGGACCGACGAGCUUCAACUUGUAUUUUUCACAGGUAUCUGCAAAGUUCUUAUUGCUGCUUGCAAAGAUAAUACUGCAAUGUUUUUAUUAUUAUUAUUAAUCCUGACUGAAUCUUCUACUAUUUCUCUGUAACAUACCAUCAUUUAUCGUAGCCUGACAUUUUGUUUCUAGAGGUCUCUGGCUGAAAUGUUGUAACUGUGAUUUGAUGACCUGUUGAUUCUGAAUUAUUUGUUUGAUUUCCAUGCUGUAGAUUUUUUUGCUUUUGUAUUUGAAGCCACUUGAGCUAACUCAUAGAGAUGGUGCAGGCCACUUGUGCAUAGCAUCUUCAAUAAUAUAAUGGUCUGCACCAUGCUGUCCAUAUAUGACUGGCAGUGGCAGAAUUAAAUUUUAUUUUCUAGACAGCUGCAAGGAAAUGAAAAGGAACAGAUUACACUGACAAAUUUGUGCCAUAUUCUUCUAAACCAGUCUUGUCUCAAUUAGGCUGUGCUAAAGUUGAAGUAAGCCUGGUGUUUGUUGCAGCUAGAUGAUCACAUAUUUGUUUAUAGGCUUAUAGAAAAACUAUGUCCCUUCGUAAAAAUAUUAUCAGAUUUGGAAUCAGAAUGUCAAAAUAAAUUAAACGAGUCGAGAGUAACUUUUUCAUGCUGUAUUUUGAAGAAUACAAAUGAAGUAUUUUUACCGUGAUUGCAUUACAUGUGAUAUGAUGAUGUGCAGACAGUGCUCGCCGUUGUCAUUUCAUUUUUUUUUUUCCAGGCUUGAUCAAAACAAAAUAUGUUAUAACAAACCGGUCACUUGAUGAUCAGCUGGAAACCAGACGUCGUCCGUUCUGACUGUACAUAAAAUACAUCCUUUUUGUCUCAGUAAUAGUGUGAGCAAUACCAAAGAAUAUGACCAAAUGAUUGUAGUUGUUAGCUGUAUCAAACAAAUGACUUGAGCAAAAUGUUUUGGUUUUUUUAGCGGAUGGCUAGAUGGCUAACAUUUAAUUGUAACUUACCCAACACCUUUGAUGAAAAAUACUUUUUUGUAUUUUGACUGUUGGUCUUUAAUGCCAAAUUUAAUGUUACAGAUGCCUUAAAUGAGAUUGUUAUUUCUUUUGUGUUUAACAGCUUUUGUGUUCAACAGCAUUUUUUGUCUGUAUUGAUAAAGACAAUUGAUUUCUAUCUCAUUGCAUGUUUUAGGUCACAGGUGUCAACUUAGGACUCGUGGGCCGCAUCUGACCCGCCAAACAAUUGUAUCCGGCCUGGCAAACAACUAUUUCUGGCCCGGAAGAGAAUUUUAGGUAGUCUUUCCUGAGAAUCUCUCUAUAACACAGAACCUUAUUUCAAACAUAAACAAACUAGUUUGCUAAGCAAAGAUGCCAAACAUCCAGCUCUAAAUUUGGCAUGAGAGUGGAAAUUGUUAAACAUUGAUUUGUAACUAUUUUAGCUUUUUGUCUGUUUUAAUUUGCAUCAUUGUUUAACUCAUUCGCUACGUAUUAUUUUGAGCUCCUGGACAAAUUUUUGGGGGAGGGCAAUAUGAGAUGAUGAUUAGUGCGUAGUUCACAGGUCUUUGAGGCCUUAAAUUUAUAAAAUUCUCAACAUGAUAUUAUAUUCCAACCUUUUCAGUCUAAUUUGUUGAAUACAUAUGUGUUGUUUAUUUGGGUAUUUUUUUACUUUGGUUCCUGUAAGAAGUGAUUGUGUAACACAAUUUUGCUUGGAUGCGGAUUAAAUUUUUUUAAGAAUCAAUCAUCUUUAGUGAAAACCAAAAAAUGUGUUUGCGCGUAGUCAAAUGAUAGACCUACAUCAAAAUAACCAUAAAUGAAUAUAGAACUAGAAAAUAUUGAAAAAUUUGCAAUUAUUUACAUACAUUCCACGUAAUUUGUACACUUGGAUCAUAGCAUCCGAAAAUGAAAAAAAAAAUUUUUUUAACAUAAUCUGGAAAAAAGGACAAGAUACUUUCACAAAGAGUACAAAACACACGUAUCUUAUAGAAUUAUUCAGAAUUGCUUUUGGAAUAAAACUACACAUGUUUUGAGUGAUAUUUUUGUAAUACUACUGAAAAAUACUGAUUUUGGGGGGAAAUUUUUUUUGCCAAUUUAGAUCUAGAUUUUAGCAUUGAAAAAUAUUGAUUUGUCAAUAAAGAGCAAUGGCAAUUUGAGUUUUUCCACUUUACCAAUAUAGCAUCAAUAUUCCUAUGAAGAGGCCUACUUUUCAUUAGUAAACAAAAUAAUGAUACCUUUUGUCUUGUUAAAGUACUAAGACUGGUAUCUGGGCUAUAAUUUGGGUAUUGAGAUUCAUAAACUUCGAAAUCAAGUUUUAAAACUGAAUCAAAACGGGAGUUUGGGUGGAAACGCUUGAUCCGAAAGUGAACGUUACAAUAUAUCUUUAUUUUAAUAUGGAUAUGUGGAUUGGAAUAGAAUCUAAGCUAGAAUUAUAGGUCGGUUCUCAAGCCGUCAGGGGAAGGUUACCGUAAUGUAAAUAUUGUCGCUUAAGCCGCCCCGCUGCCCACGGCUCGCAGUAGCGAAUGAGUUAAAAUGGGUUUUACACUGAUAACUGUGUUAUUUGAGUUUGGUCCCUUGUACUUGUGUGAUUGAGUUUGACACCCUUGUUUUAAGCAGCUAAUUUUGAAUUUUGAUUUUUCCUUCCUCGCUUGCUGAUAUAAUAGAUACAUGAUCUAUGUUGGGUUUUUUCCUUGAAAUAAAUGUGAUUUAUAUAUCUGUUUA